UCGUGAAGCGUGAAGAGCCAAGAGCCUAGCUGACAGUGUACGCCGGGCCAGUUGCUUACCAACCGCUAAUAACAAACGAUCUACGCGAAAGUUUCGUAUAUUUUUCGUUGAUUCAUCACGGAUACGUACACAAAUUCGCUGCAUUUCAGAACGCGAGUGACCAUUUCUUGAAGACAAUACGUACAAUUGGACAUAUCGCAACGUCGCUCGUUUCCUUAGUUCAAAUUUGGACAUUCUGAUCUAGAUAUCAUUCGUGACCAUUUCCAUAAUUUAAAUGUUUUCGUUCAUAAUAUUUUAUCGUGACCUAUUCUCACGCUGAACAUCAUCACGAAAGUGGAAUAAUUAAAACAUAACUGUGGAAAAAAAAAGAGUUCAACUCAACUAGAUAUCUACCGAUUGUAAACAAGGGCAUUAAAUGUUCGGAAUACUGGCCCAGAGCAAGGAGCAAUCGACAACCUUAACCAGGAAACUGUAAUUUCUUGCCAGAAAAAGAACAUCAGCAGUAAAGAUGAUGUGUACAGAAAGUCGACAGUACAACAAAACUUUAGACGAUUCUGAUGUAGAAAGUGAUAGCAGUGGUGAAGAGUUACCAAUAUGGGUGCGCGGUGAGCAACGAUGGGUAUCGGGGGUUGCUGCAGAUACCACGUGCCAAGAUGUAGUAGAAGUCUUACUUAGAGAUGAAGAAGCAAGGGGUAAACAUGUUGGAGUAACAGAAGAUUACCAUAUAACGGAAAGAUGGAGAGGAGUUGAACAACCAUUAGAUUCAAAAGCCUAUAUUCUGGACAUAUGGAAUGCCUGGGGUACAGCUCAGACAGAAAUUAAAAUAUCGUUAAGAAGAGUAAAAGAUGAACGAUUCUUAUCACGUCGUAAACGAUGGAGAUCAGAUUCGAGUAACUGGUCCGAUCGAAGUGCCUAUAAAACAGUCCAUCCGAAGAGGCUACACGCCUUACAAAAUGAAAAACAUCCCUCUAGUACUGAGCAACUUUUAAAAUUAGUUUUAGCGCAAGGCGAAGUAAUACGAAAGCAACUUAAAAAAUUAAGGCACAGCGAACAUCAAAUUGGGUUUCUCGAAGAAAAAGCUCAUAAAGCAAGGGCAAGAAAACAUGGUAGUAAUUACCUUCUGGAAACUUACUUGAAAGGACUUUCGGAGGCAGUACAUCCAACGUUAGAGGAAAUCCCGUGUGUUGACAAAAAUAGCGACAGUGGUGUAAUGACCGAAGGAGAUAGCGAACAAUCACAACAUAAUAAACAGUCGUCAAACAAAGAGAACGAGAGAUUUUCACCGUCUUCUGACGAAUUACAAAAAGAUAUCAAAGACGAUGAAGAUUCAAGUUCGACCACGAGCGAAGCCACAGUAAGAGAACAGGCAAUCCUUUUGGAAAAAGUUACAAAAAUCAACAAACGUCUUCUACGUGAAGAAGAGAACCUCGUGAGGCUACACGCGAAUUUUCGCAAACUCCACAAAAUGAAGAAAGAUAACACUGAAGAAUUAAACAAGCAACUAACUGUGUUACGCACAGACAUGACCAAGAGUGCGUGCGAAAUGCAGCACAAUGAAAUCGUAAUGGAAGAAACGAUGGAAAAGCUGAUGAAAAGAAAGACCUGUUUGGAAAGUCUUCAUAGAGACUUAAUAAACGAAGACCAGGAAUUCGAAAUGCUUCAAGCUUUGCUUUAUAGCAAAACGCAUAGACUAUCCAAAACACCGUACUUCGUACAAUGUAACCAAUCAAUCAAUACCAAAGAAGUGUUAGAUACCUUAGUAUAGCGUUUUUAUUUUUAGUUUUUAUAUAUGUUUAUUAUAUUCAUACCAAAUUUUGAGUACCUUACAUAAACAAUAUUAUUAACCUCACCCCUUCUAAGAUAUUUCCAUGACGAGAUGUGAUCAAGGUGUUAUUUUUAUACGACAAUAAUAAAAUAUUACAUGUUAA